AUCACGUGUAAAUUCAUUCAACGAGAUUCAAGAUGUCUGCGCCCAUGUUUUAAAGAGAAAAAGUUAAAAAUAUGUUUAAAAAUCAAGAAAUAUAUUCGAUAUUGAAGGACAGGUGAUAGACCUGAAACAAAUUCCAGUAUGGUCUGGUUUAUAGGUAGGCGCUAUUUAAGAUACAUCCAUCCUGUCAUCUUAAGGAGAUCUGUGUCAACUUUAUCACCAUUAACACAGUCUUUUAAUGCCAAACCAUCAAAGAAGUUUAAUCUCAAUUUGAGAAAAGAACCGUCAGGCUUGUUUUUAAUACCAGAAUUAUCCAGCCAUGAGGGUUUUUAUCUUUUACAACAACAAGUUGAGAAUGAGAUUGAUGAUCUGGUUAAAGAGACUACAAGUACUAACAGGAAGAGAAAGAUUGUACAGAUAUUUGAUCAGAUGUCAGACACUAUCUGCAGAGUAGCUGAUAUGUCAGAUUUUGUUAGAGUUGCCCAUCCAGACGCCCAGUUUGCUUAUGCUGCUGAGGAGGCUUGCAUUAAACUUACCAGCGUUGUAGAGAGUUUGAAUACAAAUACAGAAAUAUAUAGAGCUUUGUGUCGAGUGAUCGAGCAUGGUGAUAUCAUACCAACAGAUGAGAUGGAUCAAAGAGUCGGUGAAUUAUUUCUGUUUGACUUUGAACAAAGUGGCAUACAUUUGACAGAAGAUAAAAGAAAGAAAUUUGUGCAACUGAAUGAGAAUAUAAUGUUAUUGGGCACUCACUUUAUGAAAGGGACACAGAGUGCAAGAGCUAUAUACAAACAGAACUUACCUGAAAAUAUAAGAGAUUGUUUUGGUAUGGAAGGAGACAAUAUCCAUGUAACAGGACUCUAUACUGAUCAUUACAGUGAUACUGUAAGAGAGGCUGCAUAUAAAAUAUUUCUGCAUCCAGACAAACACCAAGAAGAUUUACUGAAUAACUUACUUUUAUGUCGAUAUAAUCUUGCCAAACUAGUGGGAUUCCCAACCUUUGCUCAUAGAGCAUUGAAAGGCACAAUGGCUGAUACACCAGAAAAUGUUAUGAGCUUUUUAGAGACACUGUCAAACAGAGUAAAAUCAAGAGCUGAUAAGGACUACACAGACAUUUUGAAAAUAAAGAAAUCAGAAGCUGGUGUUGGGAAAAAGGUUAUGCCUUGGGAUCCACCGUACUACACUGCAUUAGCUAAAGGCAGAUGUGUUAGCCUACGUAAUCAAGAUCUGUUACCAUACUUUUCACUUGGAUGUUGUAUGGAAGGAUUAAACAAUCUGUUCAGAUGUCUAUAUGAUGUUACAUUACAAUAUGUCGAGACAGAGCCUGGUGAAAUCUGGUCAUAUGAUGUACAUAAAGUGGCUGUUGUCCAUAAAACAGAAGGUGUUUUAGGAUAUAUUUAUUGUGAUUUCUUUGAAAGAGCAGGAAAGUCACAUCAGGAUUGUCAUUACACUAUUCAGGGCAGUAGACUUAAAGAUGACGGAUCUUAUCAGCAUCCAAUAGUUGUUCUACAACUGAAUUUCCCACCUCCACACAGUCACAUGCCCUCUUUGUUGUCACUUGGGAUGGUUGAUAAUUUAUUCCAUGAAUUUGGCCAUGCUAUGCAUUCAAUGCUUGGACGAACAAGAUACCAACAUGUUACAGGUACAAGAUGUCCUACAGAUUUUGCAGAAGUGCCAUCAAUACUCAUGGAGUUCUUCAUAUCGGAUCCAAGAGUACUUGCUUCCUUUACAAGACAUUACAAGACUGGAGAACCUUUACCAGAACAUAUCAUCACAGAGCUGUGUCAUGCAAAGAAAAUGUAUUCUGCAUCAGACCUUCAGUUACAAGUGUUUUAUUCACUUGUUGAUCAGUUUUUACAUGGUAAACCUGUUGUUGGCCAAUCUACCACUGAUGUUUUACAAGAAGUCCAGAAUAGAUAUUAUGGUAUACCAUAUGUUCAAAGUACUGCAUGGCAAUUAAGAUUUGGCCAUUUAGUAGGAUAUGGUGCUAGAUAUUAUUCCUACCUCAUGUCCAGAGCUGUAGCAGCUAUGAUAUGGCACCAGUGUUUUAAAAAUGACCCAUUUGACAGAGAGAUGGGUGAAAAAUAUAGACAGGAGGUCCUGGCACAUGGAGGAGGUAAACAUCCAUCAGAGUUAUUUGAAGCUUUGCUAGGUGCAAAACCAACAAUAGAUAAACUAGUGGACUCAGUUAUACAGGAAAUAGAUUCAGAUGUUACGUGACAGAUAUAAUGGAACCAAUCCGUUUAAUGUGAUAUAUUAUAUAUAUAUUAUGAGAAAGCUAUUGCCCUUUGGGUGUGCUUCUAUUAAAGACAAGUGUGAGACGAAAAAAAUCAAAUCAUAUUCAUUUGCCUGAUGAUUUUAACAAUAUGACAAUGAAAUCUAGAUGUGUGUCAAUAUUUGGAGUGAAACGAUAGUGCUGCAUAAUAAAGUUAAAAAUAUUCUUAUUAUUUUUCCAAUAUACAACUGCCAUUUAUAUUGAUUUGAUUUUUUGCAGUGAGGUUGUUAUUUUAUUUUUCAUACAAUUGUAUUUAUGUAUGUAUCAAAGGUGUAUGAAAAAAAUAAAUAUUAAAAACAU